AUGUCGGAGAAAUCGAACCGCGCUCAAAUACACUCCAACUCCCGAUCGGAAUCCCAGAACCAGGCGGCUGUCCAACUGAAUGCCUCGGGCAGACGCAGCUCCACUCCAUCCGGAGCCAAUGGCUCCUCCAAUCGCUGCCUGAUUGCCGUGAUUGUGUACCUGGCCCUGCUGCUAGAUAACAUGCUGCUAACCGUAAUUGUGCCCAUCCUGCCGGAUUAUCUGGCCAGCCUGGAGGCGGACGCGUCGCCCGCGGUUGUGCUGAGUCUGGAGGACACAUCGUCAUUCUCGAAACUCGGCUACCGGUCUGGAGAAUCGCCAGGCGGCGGACAUCCUCAGCUGUAUAUCUCCAAGCAUCCGAUUCCGGGCAAAUCAAUGGUUAACUUCACACUCCUCCAGCUGUCCACAGAAGCCACAACCACGACCACCAGCAUCACCACAACGGCCACAUCCCCGCACAAUUCCACGUCCAUGCAGUCGCCGCCAAAUGGCCAGUCGGGCGGCACUAAUGUCACUGAAAUUGGGCAUGGGAGUGGGCACAAGAGCAGGAACAGGAAGCUGGCCUCCGGCAAUCCCCCCAACCACGACAACAACAGCAACAACAGCAGCAACAAGGAGCUGACCUUGACGCAGGAGAAUGGCUCCAUCGGCCUGUUGCUGGCCAUGAAGGCCCUGGUCCAAUUAAUUUUCAAUCCGAUUGUCGGCAAUGCGUCCAGCAAGUUUGGCUACCGCCUUCCCAUUGUGGUCGGCACCUUCUUCCUGCUCAUCUCCUCGCUGGUUUUCACCGUUGGUGAAUCCUACUGGGCGCUUCUGGUGGCCCGGGCUGUGCAGGGAGUGGGAUCCGCUUGCAUCAACAUAUGUGGCAUGAGCCUGGUGGCCCAGCAUUAUCCGGAGGAGGCACGUCGUUCCAAGGUGAUGGGCAUCAUCCUGGGCAGCAUCGCAUUGGGUGUGCUACUGGGCUAUCCAUUCGGUGGAAUUCUGUAUGACCUGAUGGGCAAAUCGGCGCCGUUUAUCAUUCUCUCCACUCUGAUGUUCCUGAGUUUGGGCCUCCAGCUCCUGACCAUGGAUCUGACGGUGCAACCGGAGGUUGUGGUGGAGGAUAGACCCAAGUGGCGAACGCUGCUCGAAUGCAAAAUGAUCCUGGCCAUUGUGCUGGCCAUUUGGUUUUCCACCUCCACAAUGGCCAUGCUGGAGCCCUGUCUGCCCAUCUGGCUAAUCCAGUAUCUAAAGCCCAACAAGUGGCAGCUGGGCACCGUUUUCAUUCCAGACUCUGUUGGCUACUUUGUGGGCACGAACUUCUUCGGCAGCAUUGCCUACAAAUAUGGUCAGGUUAAGGUGUCCUGCAUCAGUUUGUUGCUGGUGGGGGUAGCCUCUAUUCUGAUACCCAGUGCUACAACGGUGGCCCAACUAUUGCUGCCCCAUUUUGCCUUGGGACUGGGUAUUGGAGUAAUCGAUGCGGCAUUGGUUCCACUCUUGGCCACCUUUGUCGAUGCAACACUGGCUCAGGAGGAUCAGGGUGAGGCCAGCAGUUCCAUGUCCAGCUACGGAACAGUCUAUGCCAUCCAGCAGACCUCUGUCAGUCUGGCCUAUUGCUUAGCUCCCCUGAUUGGCGGUGAGUUGGCCCAGACCUUUGGAUUUGCUUGGCUGAUGCGCAUUGUUGGCAUUUUCAAUAUGAUUUAUGGCCCAAUACUGGUCUACUUGCACCAGAAAUACGAUCCAAAGGCCCUGAGGGAACAGCAUAAUGAUAUGCUGCUCCAAAGCAGCGGGCGGGGAUCUAGGUAUAAACAACUUUACAACUCCAUGGAUGUGGAAUAAGCUGUACUGCCCAGUUGUCCAGCAAAAUCGUAAGCAACCUUGAGUGUCCAAAUUAGGCGUUCCUUUGGCUCAAUAAAGCAAUAUAUCUGGAGCUGAUUUUCGUAAACCAUUUGUUUUUCCGAUAAAAUUCGAAUCUCCUAUUAAUAAAAUCACUUUGCCAUGUCUUGAAGUAACUUAGGUUAUUAUGAUCAAAUUUUCCCAUUAAAAAGAAUUA